AUGACUAUUCUCGAGGCAAAAGAAGGCAAAGUACCGUUUUCACACCCCUCGAUUCCACCAUCCUGUCACUCCGAAACAUACUAUCGCGUCCUGGGUGGCCUUUCCUCCUCGGCCACUCCCAUCGUCGUUCUUCAUGGUGGCCCCGGUAUACCGCAUGUAUACCUCACCCCACUCUUCAGUCGCUACCAUGCCCUCACUCAGAAUCCCGUCAUUCUUUACGACCAGAUAGGCUGCGGCGGAUCUACCCGUUUCCCCUCUAAGAUUGGCGACGAAGACUUUUGGACAGUUGAGCUUUUCAUCGCCGAGCUACAGAAUCUGCUCGCGUAUCUGGGUGUUGAGAGGUUUGACUUGAUACGAGGAGCGGCGACAGGUGCGCACAACUAG